UCAAUUCCUCGCUGCAUAGCAACAAAACUGACUCUACAAUUUAUUAUUAAUUGCACUGUUUUAAACAAUUAUAUGGUCAAGAAUCGAAUAGCGAUUAAUUAAAGUUUAACCAUGGAUACUGGAGCAGAUGAGGGAACUGAACAACCUACUUCUGGGGAGCCCACUGAAGAGCCACAAUCUGGUCGUGCAGGCUCCAGGCCUACUUCAGGUCAGCAACGAUCCAGGCCUCCUUCUGGUCAGCAGAGAUCGAGACCUACGUCUGGUCGGCCGGGAUCGAGACCUACGUCUGGUCGGCCGGCAUCGAGACCUACGUCUGGUCAGCCAGAAUCGGGAGCUCUGGUGCCCACCACAGAAGAAGAAGUUGACCAAGACUUCCAAGCAACUCAUGCCAGGGUGUCGGACAUCUUGGGUCGCCCACUGACGGAGCCCACUGAUCUACAGGACAGCGAUCUGAGCGACGGGGGAGAACUCGUUCCUGAUGAUGGUGGAGAGGUGGAGUCGGACGAAGGCAGCGAUAGCGAGACUGAUGUGGUCGUCCUCGAUCCAGAUCAUCCUUUGAUGAAAAGAUUUCAAGCCGCUUUGAAAAGUCACCUUAACAAGCAGCAUGAGAAGAUUAGUUUGGAACUGCGUGAACUGGAUGAGUCUCUGAAGACGAGAAAGCGUGAGCGUGAGAACCUCGGUGUUGAGUUGUACGGGGUGCAGCAGGAGCUGGCGCGCUACCAGAUGAUGCUGGAACAGAACCACGACAGCUACGCCAAUGUGCACCAGUCACGCCUUCAGGAGGAGCAGGAGCUGACCGACGUGCGCCACCUCUACAAGGACACACAGCUGACUGCCAACAAGGAGAAGAAGAAAGGUGUGGAGCUGCAGGCGGAGGUGGAGAACCUGUCUCUGAGGAUCUACUACAUGGACAAUGCCAAGGAGGACGUGCGCGGGGACAUCGCCGUCAUGAGGCGCGCCGCCGAGAAAGUCGAGUCUGAGGUCACCAAGGCUGAGGUCGAGAAACAGAUGCAGGAUCUCUAUGUUGAUCGUUUAGUGGAGCGGGUGGACCGAUUAAAGGAGGAAAUCGCAAUGUUUGAAGCUCAGAUUACAGCUCAGGCAGAGGAAACAAAAGUUGCCCGGGAUGCACUCAUGGAAGCCAACAUGGAAAUAGAGGCGAUUGGCCUGGAGAAGAAGCAGCUGUUUCAGCAAUGGAGCAGCAGUCUGAUCGGGAUGCGGAGGCGAGACGAGGCUCACUCGGCCAUGCAGGAGGCUCUCAGUGAGCAGCAGAGACUGAUCCUAUCCCUGCAGACGGAGAUUGAGGGUUACAAGAAGUCCAUCAACAAGGAACAGGAGCAGAACGAGCGGCUCUGCCUCAUCCUGUCCAAGACGGAGCGUGACAUCGAGACCGUCAAGAAACAGCUGACCCAGUGCCAGGCCAAGCACGACGCUCUCAAGUCCGAGUACACCACGUUCUCGAGGAUGAUGUACGAGACCGAACAGGCUCUCAGUCGGGCCACGGCGGACAAAACAAUGCGCUUGGGUGAAGUGGAAAACCUGCGGAAGCAAAUAGAGCGUGAGAGCCAGGAGAAAAUGAAGCUGGAGGAUGAGAUCAUGGAGUGCAUACGCGGUCAACUGACUCUGGAGAAAGCCUCACAGUACACCAAGAAACUCACGUCCAAGCUUCGGGCGCACACACGCAAUCUGGAAACUCAAAUGGCCGAGGUUGAGAACAAAAUAGCAUGUGAUGCUUUGGAAGGGUCGAACGUGAAGGCAAGAAUAGAGCGUCUGAAGAAGAUCGCAAGAGAUCUGGAUAACGAAAUCGCCACGAAGAACGACAUUGUUAAUCGCAGUGAGCAGGAGAUCCUCAAACGUAACGUCAUCAUUGAACGCAAGCAGAAUGUCAUUGACCAAUACAACAAAAAAUUAGAACAGAUGAUCCAUGCGGCUGGUGGUAUUGAACUGGGACCCCUUGAGAUCACCAUCAACUCCCUGCAGAAGUCGAUAGACGUGCGCAUCCAGGAGACGGCAGAACUGCAGCAGAUGUGGCUACGACAGCAGUCGGAGCUUGUCCGUCUGGUGAGAGACAAAGAUGACCAAUCGCAGGACGUCGAGAAACUCAAGAAGCAGCUCACCAUUCUCGCGCAGAAGAAAAUCAGAACGGAGAAUAACAUUGACCAGCAGGGCCAGGAGACGUAUCGCAUAGAGAAACACAUCAGCAACAUGCAGACUGACAUGGUGAAGCUGAACACACUGCUGCACCGCGAGAAGGGCUACGAGAUGUCGCUGGAGCAGAACAACAUUCUCAUGGAGAACGACUUCAUCGCGGGACUCAAGGAGGCCGAGUACGAGUCUAUCGACACGCAGGCGCGACUCGACGGCGUCAAGGAGGAGAAGGAGAGACUCCUAAACAGUCUGGUGGAGGCAGAACGACAGAUCAUGUUGUGGGAGAAGAAGACCCAGCUAGCCCGCGAGACUCGUGCGGCCGUUGAUUCGGAGGUGGGGCAGGGCGAGGUGCGGGCCAUGAAGUCAGAGAUCCACCGCAUGCAGGUGCGCUACACCCAGCUGAUGAAACAGCAGGAGAAGAUGAUACAAGAGAUGGAGAAGGCCGUGUCGCGACGAGAUUCGAUAGUGACCCGAGGUGAAGCCCAGUCGAAGAUGAAGGUUAAGGUUCUCACAAAAGGCACGUUUGAAAGACAGAUGGCCGAACUGAGGAAAAAGAUCAAGCAAACCAUUAAUGACGCCAACAGCUGUGACCAGGAGAUCAAGGAGUUGCGUGACCACCAGGGGGAGCUGAGCGAGAGUCUGGAGCAGAAGCAGAUCAACUGUCAGCACCUGCAGGGUUCAGCAGACACGCUCGACGGAGACAUAAACCGACUCGUCGAGCUCAAACAGAAGAACCUGUCCGAUCUGCUCUCCCGCCAACAGAAGAUGAAGUAUUACAUACAGGUGAAGGAUGGAAAAUAUACAAUGUUGUGCAAAACCGACACAUCACUGGACACCGAGUAUUCAAAACAGAUUGACCGCAUGCAGACGCUGAGCACCAUCGUUGACCGGCUCAACCAGGAGUUCCCGCACGCACAGCCAGCCCUUCGGAGAGUGACCAUGGCACUGGCCUCGCACUCUGUGACUGCCGACGAUCAGACAUAACUGUCGAUCAAAGUUAUCUGUUGAUGAAAGGACACUGUGAUAGCUUACUAUGUUAUAUUAUGUUAAAUUAAUAAUAAAUGAUUGUUUUAUAAGUGUUAAAUUAAUAAUAAAUUAGAUUUUGUUUUUUACUAUUAUUUGCAUGGACAUCACUAUGAUUGUUUAAAAGGGGUUCGGUUAUAUAAGGAACUUAUGACUAAUAUUAAGAGGAAAAAAAACUGCAAAUAAGAAAUUGCCAAAAGGAAAUCAAUCUGUAAUCUCUGAAUCCCCCUGGUGAUGCACCUGGUUUAGUUAUUUUAAUGAUAUUUUCCAAUAUUUGGUGUCUGUUUUGCAAGCAUUUGUAUUUUCAAUUGCUGAAGUUGUAUUCAAGUCCCUAACAUUUUCAGAAACUCUUAUUAUAUAAAAGUAAUGUUUGGGGUUGAUUUAUUUAUGUCCUUUAAUGUUAGCUGAUAAGAACUGUGAAAAUACUGUUUUAUGUUGUUCAUCAGGAACUUUUGUCCAUUUAACCGUUUAUUUUUAAAUGAUUAUUGCUUUAGACUUGUUCCAUACAAUGCUCCUGGACUAAGAACCUUACUGACAGUUUACUAUUAAGCUAUUUACUGCUUGUACAUUUAACUGCAUUGACAUUUAAUUCAUGUAAUAUUUCUUUUUGAGAAGUUCAGAAAAUCUUUGACUUACUGUCAACGUUUGUUUUGGCAUUCUCUUCACUUAUUAAGUAGCUAACUCUUCUUUACAAGUUUUUAGUAAAUAUUUUAAAUAAAAUAAUGUUAUGUACAACAUUCACAACCAUAACUGUUAAUUUUAUUCUUUGAUGUUGGUAUUAUGUUUGUUAUUUACACCUUUGGACAAUUUGUUUGACCAUUUGGAAAUAGGCUUCAAUAAUACUUACAACUCUGAAACCCAGAAUAUUACAUUUAAGAUUAUUUUACUCAGUACAAGUUCUGGUAGACUGUAAACAAAAUAUUGUUGCAACGGUCCUUUAUUAUAAUUUUCCUGUGUUAUUUCUCAAUAACUGACAGGAAACAUUGCAAAUAUCUUGAUAUAAUUUCUUGUUAUAAGUUUGUCAGAAACAAAGGUUUUCCAGAUUUAUCUGGAAUUCCAGAUUUUUAAUUAUCUGUACAUCGUUUUCAGAUUAUCUGCUCUUUGUCCAAAACUUUUCAUAUUCUCUGUACAUAACUUACGAUAUGGGUUCGACUGAUGCUUUGCAUAAAUUCUGAAUUUCUGAAUGGGGGCAGCCACUUUGGACCAUUGUUGGCUACAACCCUAACCCUAGGGCUAAUUUCAGUACCCGAUUACCGAUUUUAAAAUUUCCAGAAUGUUUUUCUGGUUAGUUAACAAAUAUCAAAAUACAUCUGUAUUGCUCUGUGUCUUUAUGUAAAUAAUAAUAUAUAUACAAUUUAUGAAGUAGUAAUAGUAUUAUAAACGCUGCACACUCAAAAGCCAUUCUACAUCCGUGACUUUGUCUGCAUAUAUUGGUUGAUCACCGUUUUGUGUUGUGUUAUCAUUGUAGCAGGUAUAAAGUAUAUACUGAGAGGCAUAAAUAAUUCCAUGGAAUAUUUUCUUAUACAAAUGUCAUAUAUAUGUAUAUAUACACUGAAGAUUUGGACAAAUGAUGUAUUGGUAACAAUUGUAAUUGAAAUAGGAUAUUGUUCAACUUGGAAUAAAAUGUGUUUGAAGCACAUUAUGACAUUUCUGUGAUAAAAUAUUCAUUGCAUUAUCUAUGCCUUUCAACAUAUAAAUACUGAGCUUUAUGUAUUGUCUGUCAAAACACUAAGAUGGUUUUACAAGCUAUAAAAUGGUCUUUAAUGACAGUGAAAUGGUUCAAUUGUGUUAGCACUGAAAAAUAAAUGACAUAAGUAA